ACAUGUUUCAAGUGUUUUGCGAACAAGUCUAAAAUGUUACUCCACUUGGGGGGAAACUGUCUAGUCCGCAUUCAAUAGCUUGGAAAAAUAUGCGUGACAGCGUCUAGAUCACUUGUUUGCUAGCUAGCCAAUGAAAUGAGCAAUAUAGGCUGUAGCCAGAUAAUGUUCACUCGUAAGCUAGUAAUGUACCGCUUGGCUAGCGAGCUAGUCCACCCAAACGGAGCAAUGCUUAUUUCCCAGCGACUGAGUUUUAUGUUUAAAAGUCUGUAUUUUGUAUGCAUUUAGUAACUACACGUGGUCAUAUUCAAAAUAAGCGAAAACUUCCAAAGAUCACGAAUUGACAAUCAUAAUUUAAUUCAGUCAUAUUAAAUACAGGCCAGCCUGGUUUCUUUAGUGACCCACUUAGUUAGCUAUUUAGCUAGCUAGCUAAUUUUACUACUUAUACAGGCACUUGCCAACUAGCUAAUUUGUAAUGACAACUUGUUCAUUGUGAAUAUUUUUAAUAUUGCUCCUUUGUUUAUUAUUUUCGUUAGUCUAUGCUGACAACACAUGAAUUGUUUAAAAACAUUCCCAAUUCUACCCCCCCCCCUCCCCCAUACCCACUUAAGGUAGCCUGCAUAGCGCAUUUUUAGCUAGGUGGUAUUGCUUAAUUUAAUCGAACUGUACUGUGCAAUCUCGGAUAGUAGUAGAAUAUAUAUAAUUGGCUCUCAUGUCUGUAACGUAAAUUGUUGUAUUAACAUGUUUCUGUAAUGGGAUAUGCAAGAAACGCAGGAAGAUUAGCCGGGUUCAACUGAAGUAGGUAGCACCAAGCUAGCAAGCUAACGGCAUGGGUAGAGUUUAACUAAAGAAUGUGCUGUUCGUGCAGUUCUGGCUCGCUAGUUAGAGCGAGUUGAGACGAAUGUAGCAGCGGUCCCACUUACAGUGGAAAGGGAUGGUCGGUUUUUAGAUUAGAACAAACAUGGUGAUGUUUGGUUGCCAGGCACGCAUUGUGUUCGAUUUGAAACGGAUACCAUACACAAAACAAUGCAAAACGACUACUUUUUUCUAACGUAAAUGUUGGCUACAGAUUGGUAUGAAUGGAAACCCGCAGUUGUGACACGUCAUGCGUGAGGUUAAAAAUAGGACGUGAGAACGCCUGCCACAUGGGCUCGCCUCAGACGGUGAACUGGAGCCCCCCGCUCGACGUCUUUCGAUGUCGGAUCGUUGCGUUGGAUUAACUGAUCCGCGGUCAGCAGGGCAAUGGAAGAAUAAACGGAAGUGCUGUGGAGAGGGAGUCUGCCACGCGUCCUGCCAGCGAUUCCGUGGGCGUCGCCUAUUCCGCCAACGCCAAUGGCCACCAGGCGCAGCUAGACGCCGCCUGGAAGCCGAAGCAGUCCGGGAGGGCCCCGCCCGCCAUCUCUAAGCCGGGGAGCAGAGGCGGCGUCGGCUACCGGAACGGCAUCAUGGGCAGCCGGAACGACCGCUCGCCCGACCUCCUCGCCCCCGAGGGCAAGAAGGAGCCCGCGCCUCUCCCGAACGGGGUGUCCGUGCCCCUGGGCUUCUUCACGAACGGUUACCCCGGCAACAAGCCGCCGCCGGCCCCCGACAACGACGGCAGCGGCUCGGAGAGCGGGUACGCCACGCCCAGAAAGCGCAAGCCCCUGCGGAGCGGCGCCGGCGGCAAGGGGGCGGAGUCUGGCGCCCAGCCCCCGCCCGAGGCCCCCGGGUCCCCCGCCCCCGAGCCGCCGGAGAGGCCGCCGGGCCCCGCCUCCAGGGCGGAGGCGCGGACGAACAAGCAGGCGCCUGUCUCCGCGGCGACGCCCGUCACCAUGGCGAUACCGCCGCCGCCCACGGGGGCGUGCGAGCCGCAGCGAAGGAACUUUGACGGCAAGGCCGCCGGCGCCUUCGGCAGGAAGCAGGACGACCGGCCCGGCAAGGCCAAGUCCGGCCCCGUCGUCACGGCGACGGCCAAGGAGAGGGAGGACUCUUGGACCCUGUUCAAGCCCCCGCCCGUCUUUCCUGUGGACAACAGCAGCGCCAAGAUUGUGCCCAAGAUCAGUUAUGCAAGCAAAGUCAAGGAGAAUCUCAACAGGGCCGGAGGGGAGGUCCCGCCUCCGUCCGGCCCCCAGUCGGCCCCGCCCCAGGCCCCCGGGCGGCCCGCGCAGGUCCCCAUGUCCGCGAUGAAGACCAUCACCUCCUCCGGCUUCGCCAACGGCGCGCUCUGCUCCGCGGAGGGCCACGCCUACUCCCUGACCGGGACCCUGUUUGCCAGUACUGUACCCCCGGAGAAUGUAGCGCCCCCCGCGGACGAGGGCGGAGGCGUGCUCGACGGCGCGGUGGCCGAGCCGAGGAAGCCCAGUCUUUUCGUUUACCCCCUUGCCCCGUCCUCUUCUAAUAUGCAACUCGCCCUCCCCAGCGGCAGGCAGGCCGACCCGCCCGUCACCGCCCCCCACCCGGCCCCCGCCCCUGGCUCCGACCCCUCCUCUGCCCCCGCCAAUCAGAAAGCCCUGGGGGACAUCUUCCAGAACCAAUGGGGCCUGUCCUUCAUCAACGACCCCAGUGCGGGGCCGGAGGGGGGCGCUGUCGGGGCCGGGGCGGAGCGCGUCCCGGGAACGGGGGCGGUAGCGGAGGUGACCUUCCAGGGGGACUGUCCCGUCGCCCCGCCUGCCCCCCGCGAGGCGUCCGAAGCCGCGCCCCCCCCGCCGAAAGCCCACGAGUCGGAAAAACGGACUAGCCCCCAAACCCAUAGCAGUGUUUUAAAAGCGGGCCCUCCCCCGGCCCCGCCCCCUCUGAGGGAGGGCGGGGCCCAGGCGUCCGGGCCGGACGGACAGAGGGACGCCGCCGAGGCUCGGAAUCUCGGUGCAAUAGUGUUCGCUUCCCCUAAAGACCCCCCCGCCCCGGCUGAGCCCCUCGGGGCGUCGCCCACCAAUGGCGCGCCCCUGCUCCGAGGCCCCGCCCACCCCAAGGGCCUGGAGAGGAGGUGUAGCUGGGGGUCCUUUGAUCUCAAAGCUGCUGUUAGUUAUCACACUAAAGAAAUGGAGUGUGUCUUGAAUCUGCAAAAACAAGAUCCAAAAAGAGUUGUCCUUUACGGGGAGACCAAGGACGGGCCCAAUCAAUGAAGGCAGGAGUAAGAUGGAGGAGUCGCUACACUGUGGGGCGGAGCCAUCCUGACAGUCGCUGUUCACUCCUUUCAACAAACCAAUCAAAGUCCAAUCUUAUCGAUUUCAGACUCAAAUCCAAAGUCCUCGCUCGAGCAGCGGGGCGUCAAAGAGAGCGGUGGCAUUAGAGACUGCCCCACUGGGGUUCCAGAGAACCGAAAAGGUAUCGGGAGGUUGGCUGGUAGGGAGAGAGAAUCCUGUCUGCAGUUUUUUUGAACAGUGGGGGGCCAGGGGCGGUUGUGGAUCAGUGGCCAGAUCGGCACGACGGCUCUCGGCUUGUCGAAAGACGGCAAAGGCAGUGCCGACGACCUGCCCUGGCGCAGAACAGGACUUGGGCCCCCCCCCCCCCCCCCCCCACACCCCAGACAGUGAGGACGGUGCUUGACUAUCGGGACUCCAAACGCCGCACUUCCUGCGAAAACGGACACUGGCCUCCUGGUAGCCGCUGGGGGUGGGACGGGUACGGACUCAGGGGUUAGAUAAGUGGGGACGGCCGAGGUCAGUGGGGUGCUAGCUUUGCUCCUGUCUCCAGAGAGGAGGAGGAAGAGGAGGAGGAGAUGAUGACGAGAUCGUGGCCAUUAUGGGAUGCCUCCAUCACGUCUUUAUGAAUUCGAGUUAGCUGUCUAUAUCCGCGCUUCGCUUCACGCAUCGAUAUACCUGAGCAAAUUUGAAUCCAUAAACGAAAGAGUACAUUUGCUAUGAACUUCUUAUUUUUUUUCCUUGAAAGGUUGCCUUGAAAACUGUACAAAUGAGGAGAAAUAUAAAAAAUAACUAAUAAAAAAGAAAACUUAAAGACGGACAGAGGAACUGGGAGUUCUGCCUAGGCACAGGUAAACUAGAACACAAGUUAUAAAUACGACGGACUGUCAGGCCUUGGGGGAACAGUUGUCUUAACUUUAUUUCGCGGGGAGAAAAAGAGGAUCGUGCUGUACAUCAAGAGUUGUGCUGGACGGCGAUGCUUCCUGUUUUUUUUUUUUUGGGGGGGGGGGUUUGUUUAGGGGUUUCUUUGACAUUUUGUUUUCAUUUUGUUGUUUUCCCCCCUCUUCAACGAAAGACACAAAAACCAAACCCAGGAGGGCGGAAGGAGGCGCAGCCAAGUUUGAGCGGGAAGCGGGUCCGUUUGGGGCGGGAAGCCCCUCCCACUCGUCAAACUCAUUUCGCUCCAGGGUUGUUCGUGGUGUUAUCAAAUAUAUCUUCGCUUUUCUUUUCUUUUUUUUCCAUCUUUUGCUUGUUUGCCUGUCUGUCUCCCCUGUCUGUGUUAAUUUAAGCCUUUGCCAGCCUCAGCCCAGAUAGGUUUCAGUAUUUAACUUUCGGCCUACAUCUGUGCAUGGGUCGCUUGAACGUUUUGCUGCCUCUUAUAAAUUUCACACCCCCUCGGUUCGCAACAUAUUGGACAAAGGGGGGGGGUGAGGGUUUCUGAAUGGUGGGGUCAUGUGUGUGCAUGCAUUGCUAUGUUUGUGGUUGACAGAGUUGACAAUGGCUGUCAUUAUGUAAUCCUAUUAUUUCUUUAAAAACAUUUUCUUUACUUUUUGGUUGUAGAAUCUUCAUACGUGAUCUCAUACGGGUUUCAAGCCCCCUAAUUCGAGCGAAUCGCCUGUUUUACUAUUAAAGAACCUCGCAGGCACGUGCACACGCAGGUGCACUUCCAAAUUUAGCCAGGCUUGCUGCAAAAGCGGAGCCUUCUCGCUUUCGCUAAAUUAACGAUUUCAUCUCUGCGUUUGGACCGCACGGUUUCCGACCGCCCCGUUUCGCCUCUGGUUUUCAGAAAUUUCGUAGCUGCUUUUGCCCACCGAGGCGGUGGGUGUGUCAGCCUUCAGGAGCCGCUCUGUGUUAGCGAUAGCACCUUCAAUCUAAACCAGUCUUAGUGUUUAUGCAGUCGAGAGCGAAGCAUUGCGACUGGCAGCGUGUAGCCUAGCCUAGCCUCGUCCCCUAUCUACGGAGCUCUGUCUGCCGCCAUGACGUGAGACCCCAGUCCCUGCUGAUCUCGUUAAGUCACCUUGGGCGUGUCCUCUCAACGGGUGAACCGGGGUCAGCUUACGGAGUCCCAGUCUAGGGCUCUGCCAAGUAGAGUGAAAUGUAGGACACUGGUCUGGGGUCAGUGAUAGCAGGCCGUUCCUUCAAAAAGCAGUAACGGCACGUAUCACUUUUACGACGACUGUUUCUCCGUUGUGUUUCAGGUUCACGCGUGAGUUUCGCCCCCACUUCCCAUCCGUGUUUUCAUAACGCAUUAUUAGCACUUUAAAUAUAUACAGACAUAUUUUUUUCUUUUAAAAAUAAAUAUAUAUGAAAUAUAAUACGUACGGUAAAUGAGAGAAUAAAACAUACUAACCCCAGCAAAAGAAGGCUUUGGGCUGUAUUUGUUUGUUGCUUUUAAGCCACAAGGUUUUAAAAAAAAUUAUAAAAAAAAAAAAAUUAUAUAUAUAUAUAAAUUAUAUAUAUAUAUAUAUAUAUACACACCUCCUGUAGAUGGAAGGUAUGCCAUCAAAUUUACAUGUUUCAAAUUCGGUUUCAGCGGUGUGGAAACGGAGAAAUUUGUUUUCACACCCCGUCUGUGUCACGUGAUACCAAAACGAGAGUGUGUGUUUGGUCUUUGUUACUGUUCUGUUGUCUCCUCCACGCUCCGUGUGUGAUUGUUAAGAUCAGCAGAAGACGAUCUGGGAGAAGAAGCUUGUUACAGCAGCUCUAAUUCGCUUAUCACGGUGUCCUUUCUUUUCAGGGCCAGCAUGUGUGCUGUGUGUUUCGUAUGAACGGUGGCCUUAGUGUUUAACGAAACUGAUAUUUUUGCACACAAAUGGGGAGUUAUAAUGUUUCCCUAGUUCAUGUGUACCCCAUCAACAAAGGAUGGUUUUUGCAGUGGGCCUACUGUUGUCUUUCAGCAAUGCUGUCAGUUUAUUUCUAACACGUGCUUGUCUGUCUCUGUCUGUGUGUCUUGUUUUGUAUGUCCAGUGGCUUUUACUGUACUCUUAAAAGAUGUCGGCACCUUUUUCCACAAGCUUCUCCUAAUGGGAACUGCAGCACCCAAUAUUAGAGUUGUGCUUGGAGGGUUUAAGCAGAAGGCCUAGUCGCUGGUUGGCUGUGGAGACUCACCCAGCCCAGUGUAGAGAAUCAUAAAUGAAAAUGACCUCUCUAUUUGACUUGGUUGUUCUCUCCCCUUACGCGCGCAAAUGCAAGCUCAGCCUCGCAGGAUCUCGCUUUAAUUCAGGCCUGCACGCGGCUCUCGAUCGUUAGCGUGCGGGAGAGUAACACUUAGCGAACCCCUUAGCGGCUGGAGCUAUCAAUAGGCUUUGCUCGGAAUUUUAUUGGAAUUUUAUUGGUUCGGAUUGGUGCGUUGUUGAUGACGCGGUGGUUUCACCUGAUUUGGUGCUGAAGCCUCGCUCCCCCUUCACUAAUGGACGUGGGUGUCUAACUCGGACAUGAGGAGGGAAAGGGGGGGGGGGGGGUGUACGUUGGUGGGAUUAAAUACUGUGAAAUAUUAAGUUUCCGUUUCCUCCUCCACUUUCCCCUUUAAAUGUUUUUUUGUUUGUUUUUAAACGACAGCACUUAUUAAAUUCAAAUUUUAAGAUUGUUUUAUAUAUAUAUAUAUAUAUAUAUAUAUAUAUAUAUAUAUAUAUAUGCGCAGAUGGAAGAAAAUAUAUAUUUCUCCCUUUCUACCUUUAUAGUAGGUUUGUGUAAAAACCAAAAACUGGUCCAGGAGAGUUACUUGGAUUUGUGUCUGUGUGUCUGUGUUGGGUGGGGGUUAGGGGUGGGGUGGUGGUUGUGAGAGGGGGGGGGGGUGAAAUAAGUUUCAUGUGUUGUCUUAUUUGAAGAAAAUGUCUCGUACCAUUUUCUUAGCCUGCGGGGGACGUCCGUUAACCAUAGAAGUGUUGGCACCACUCUGUCACCUGAAGAUGGGGCCAGUGGCGGUUUGUUCUGGUUUAUGGUUCAUCUCCCCUUUAGGGUGGACCUGGGCAGUUUACACUGGUUCGUUGUAACCUUUGACCUCCUGAGUACGUGUGGGUUUGAUUUCCAAAAAUCAGGAUGAGCAAGCCCUCCCAGUCUUGUCUUGGGGUGCCUGCGUUUCACGAAACUUUAAUGCGACCCGUUUGAUAAUCACUAGAAAACAAGUGUAUAUUUAUCACUGUCAGUGGCCAUUUUAUUAGGUACGUCCAUCUUGUACUGGGUAGGGACCCGCGUUUGCCUGCAGAACAGCCUGAGGUCUCCAAGCCGUGGAUUCAGCCAGACGCUGGAAGCAUUCCUUAGAGAUUCUGGUCUGUGCUGACUCGAUGGCAUUGUGUAGUUCCUGCAGAUUCUUCAGCCGCACGUUCGUGCAAACCUCUCGCAUCCUCGUUCCAAAAGGUGCUCUGUUGAACUGGGAUCUGGGGGCUGUGCAGGCCACUGGAGUCACCGUCAUGCUUGCGGAACUAGCUUGAGAUGAUGUGUGAUUUGUUACAUGGUGUUUUAUCCUGCUGGAGGCAUCCAUUUAAAAAAAGUGUAGACUGUGGCCAUAAAGAGGCACGUGGUCAGUAACGGUGCAUGCUUUAUAUACAGAGUUUCAGCUGCAUGAUUCACUGUUUGGAGGAGCAGGCUUUUCGCAUUAACGAGCAGGUGUACCUAAUAAAAAGGCCACUGAGUGUAUGCGUGUGUGUUUGAGUGUGUUAAAAAAAAAAUUAUAAUUUUUUUUUUUUUUUUGCUUUCUUCUAUUGUUUUGCAUAUUUUCAUAUUGUGCCAUGGUUUUGAAGAUUGAAUGACAUAUUUGCUAUUGGCUUCGAUGUCCAGGUUUUAGAUUUUCUGUUUCUCUUUGUUUAUUUCUGUGAUCCUGGAACAACGGCAACAGCGUUCACCGAAAUCUUAAAUUGUUUAGCGCUAGAAAAAUGUUAGAAUUGAAUCUGUUUACUUUUAUCAGACAUGCACCAUCACUUUUACGUGAGAACUUUGCGGUUAUGUGCAGCCAUUGGCUGACGGCCGCGAAUCACAGUUAUUACAUUGAGUUGAUUCAACACUUUCAUGUUGUUAUUAAUUUUGUUUUUGUCACAUAUUAAGGAAGCUUGUGCUUGUAAAAUUGUCACUUUUUUUUAUUUAUAUUUGACUUUAGAUGCACAAUGUAGAUUUGAAGUACACAGCUCGAGAGAAUAUGGGGGAGACUACAGAUUUAUAUUAUUUUCACACUUUUUUGAUAAAAUGUUUAAAAUGAAAUUAUUAACGCUAAAUGAUUAGUCGGUGUUAAUAAUAAAUAACUGUUAACACAAAUUUAAAUGCAUUUUGUUUUUUUGGUUUGUUUUUUAAACCCAUGUUGUUUGUAGCUGUGUUGGUGCCCACUGACCUUGAUCUCAGUUUGAGCUCUCUCUCUCUCUCUCUCUCUCUUUCACUCUCUCGCUCUUGCUCACUCUCACUGUCUCUCACACUCUCCUCUCUCUCUUGCUCGCUCUCUCACUCUCUCUUGCUUGCUUUCUGUCUCUCUGUCACUCUCUCUCGCUCGCUCUCUUUCGCUCUCCCUCUCUCUCUAGAGAGGACGGAAGUUUCGUGUGAGCUUUAUUCUUGAUCCUAAAAAUGUUGUAAGGACAGUGAUGGAUUUAUAGAGGUGGAAACAUUUGGUGGAGAAGAAAAGGAAUUUGGAGUGUGUUGCUGCUGGGGGGGAGGUUUCUUAUUUGACUUUCUGUACUACAGUCUUCUGCUGUGUUCCCAGUCAGCUUCUUUAAUGGGGGAGGGGGUAAUUAGGGCAAACGUUGAAUAACAUACUUACCUCGGGGGUCAUUGGUGUUCUCACCCAGAUUUUUUUCCUCUCCCGUAUUGUGGACGACGGGACUGCAUUUCAGACUUGCCCUUCUCUUCUCCAUAGGUCUUUCAUCAGUUUGUCAGCAAGUUAACAACUGGAUUAGAAAUACCAGAGAUUGUUUAUUAUAUUGUUUCAUGUAUUUGCAUUUAUGUUUUUUUUUUUGGGGGGGGGGGGGGGGCAGGAGGGUUGGGAUGCACCCAAGGGUUGUGUUGGCUGGUCACCGUGGAUUGGUUUGAGCUAAUGGCCUGCUUUCUGUGAAUUACAAAAAUAAGGAGUGGGUGAGGGCAGACCUAUCCAAUAAUGAGUCAAACCAGGAAAAAAAAAAAAUUGAUCAUGAAUGAUUUAUCAAUACCAGAAGUGCUGCUUCUGCAUCCCAUCGUCGGUUGUUGUCGUCUGCAGUCGGGCGUGUCUGGCCUGAAGUGCGUGUCCCGCGUUCUUCCUGUCCGCCUUCCUGCUGGCUGUGCCUCCUGGGAAAAACUGCUGACAUCACCUUAUCCAGAAAUGACACAUCUACCAGGGGAGCUGAAUAACUGUUUAACGGACAUCCUGUGCAAACUGCCCCCCGUGCCAGGCUGUCCGCCCCCCCACCCCCCCCGGACCCGUGCCUCGGUAGAGACCUGUCAUUAGCGCUGAUGCGGUUCCCGGCACCAAACUUCAUUUUCCCCCCCAGUUCAGAGAAAUUCUGUCCUUUUGUGUUCGUAAUUCCACAAAAUGGCUGCUUGCCCACCUUGUCAACUCACAGGGAGAAGGGCGGGCCUCCUGAAGCAUGUAACAGGGGAGCUGCUGAGGUUCUGUCAGUCGAACUACGACCGGCCUAUGAGAACACUGCUCUGGCUGGCGGAACGCUAUGACUGGUCCAGAUUGGAGAGAUCUUUGGUGUCACAGGGUAGCUCCUCCCACUUGUGAAACCUCACCACCUUCCAUUGCUGAAGAUGUGCACAGAAUACAUUGCUUGUUUUCUGAAUUGGAAGAGGCCAUGGCUGUAGGCAUUUACUUUUUCUUUUUUUCCACCUUAAUUUAGCAUUAACAUGUGUGAGUGUGGAGUCUUGAGAUAUAUAUCUUUCAUUUUGUCUGCUUUCACAGAUGUCAGCACACUAAGCAAUGUUCCGUCUUUUUUUUUCUCUUUGUCAAGCAUGAAAAUGUCCUUUAAAAUUCCAAACCAAUGUAAUAAAUUCAAAAGAUUCAACUUAUUUUUAACAAAUUUUGCUUUCUUUUUUUUCAUUAAAUUGUUAAAACAGUUACUUACAAAUAAGAA